CUUGACAACCAGUGCUGCCACGACCAGUGUCUGGGCGGCUGCUUGGAGCCCAACUCGUCAAACAAAUGUGUGGCCUGCCGCAACUUCAUGCACAAUAACGUCUGCGUUGACAAGUGCCCAGCUGGUUUCUACACCUUUAAGGGCUGGCGCUGCGUCAGCUUCAGCUUUUGCCAGGAACUUCACAACAAGUGUAAGCAGAGCAAAGGUGACUGCCACGAAUACGUCAUCCACAACAGUGCCUGCAUCCCAGAGUGCCCUUCUGGGUACACCACUGUGAACUCCACUACGUUGAACUGCACCCCUUGCGCUGGCCUCUGUCCCAAAGUGUGCAUGGGGCUGAAGACAGUGGACUCAGUCACUGCUGCGCAGGCUCUGAGAGGAUGCACUGUAAUCAACGGCAGUUUGGUCGUCAACAUCCGUGGAGGGAAUAACAUAGCCGCAGAGCUGGAAGCUAACUUGGGACAGCUGGAGGAGAUCACCGGCUACCUGACAGUACGACACUCAUACGCCCUAGUCUCUCUAUCUUUCCUUCGCAAGCUCCGAAUCAUCCAUGGAGAGACACAGGAAGUCGAGAAUUAUUCCUUCUAUGCCCUCGAUAACCAGAACCUGCGUCAGUUGUGGGACUGGAACAAACACAACCUGACCAUCAAGCAGGGUCGCAUGUUUUUCCAUCAUAAUUCAAAACUCUGCAUGUCAGAGAUCCGGAAGAUGGAGGAGGUGACCGGCACUAAGAACCGGCAAGCAAAGAAUGACAUUGUCUCAAAGACCAAUGGAGAUCAGGCUUCAUGUGAGAGCCAGGUUUUGAAGUUCACACAGAUUCGCACGCUUUCUGACAAGAUCAUAAUUAAAUGGGAACCUUUCUGGCCACCAGAUUUUCGAGACCUCCUGGGAUUCAUGGUUUUAUACAAAGAGGCGCCAUAUAAGAACGUGACUGAGUUUGAUGGUCAGGACGCAUGUGGCUCUAACAGCUGGGUCAUAGCAGAUGUAGACCCUCCGCCUCGUGCCACAGAUGGAAAGGAACAGCAGGAGCCCGGGUACCUCAUCCUCCCUCUGAAGCCGUGGACACAGUACGCCAUCAUGGUCAAAACCCAGCUCUCCGCUUCUGAUGAACACCAAGUCCACGGAGCAAAGAGCGAAAUCAUCUAUGUCCUCACCAAUGCUACCAAACCCUCUGUGCCCCUGGACCCCAUAUCCUCAUCAAACUCCUCAUCUCAGAUCAUUCUGAAGUGGAAGCCCCCUAACGAUCCAAAUGGAAACGUCACACACUACCUGGUCUUCUGCCAGCAGCAACCAGAGGCCAGCGAGCUCUAUAAGUUUGAUUACUGUCAGAAAGGUAUGAAGCUGCCCACCAGAGCCCCCACACAAGUGGACAGUGAAGAGGAACAGAAGUGGAACCAAACCGAAGAGCAGGGCCAAGAUAGCCGCUGCUGUGCUUGCCCCAAAACGGAGAAACAGUUGAAGAAAGAGGCAGAGGAGACAGAGUACCGCAAAACCUUCGAGAACUACCUCCAUAAUGAAGUGUUUGAGCUCAGGACAUCACGACAGCGCAGAUCUCUGGUGGGCAUUGCCAACAGGACCUCUUCUCGUCUUUUCACUACACCUUCUUCACUGCCCAAUGGCUCUGCCACUCGUAGCCCAGAGGAGGAAGCAGAGGCCAAUAAGAUUUCCCUGAUUGUUCAGGCCAAAGAGUCGACGGUCAUCUCCAAUCUGCGCCAUUUCACCAGCUACCAGAUAGAAAUCCAUGCCUGCAACCAUGAGACUAACCCCUCUCGCUGCAGUAUGGCGGCCUACGUCAGCGCCCGCACCAUGCCUGAAGAAAAAGCAGAUGACAUUGUGGGGCCGAUAACCUGUGAGGUGUCUGAGUACUCCGUACACAUCAGGUGGAUGGAGCCUAAGGCCCCAAAUGGCAUGAUUAUUCUCUAUGAAGUCCAUUAUAAGAGACUGGGAGAUACAGAGGAGCUGCACCAUUGCGUAUCCAGGAAGAAUUAUAUUGCAGACGGAGGCUGCAAGCUGAGAGUGGUGCAUCCUGGGAACUAUACAGUGCGGAUCAGAGCCACCUCUCUGGCAGGCAAUGGAUCAUGGACAGAGCCAACACACUUCUAUGUGCAAGACCUACGUGUGGACCCAUCCAACAUGCUGAAGAUUGUGAUGGGUCCUGUGAUCUGUGUCUUUCUACUCAUCAUGAUGGGAGGUGUAGGCUUUUUCAUGUUCAAGAAAAAACAAACAGAUGGUCCGACUGGGCGACUUUAUACCUCUCCAAAUCCAGAGUAUUUCAGCCCAGAUGAGGUGUAUGAGCCAGACGAGUGGGAGGUGCCUCGUGAAAAGAUUACUCUGUUGCGAGAGUUAGGCCAGGGAUCUUUUGGCAUGGUGUAUGAGGGCAUAGGAAAAGACAUAGUUAAAGGUGAGCCACAGAUCUGUGUCGCGGUGAAGACGGUUAACGAGUCGGCCAGCCUCAGAGAGAGGAUUGAGUUCCUCAACGAAGCUUCUGUGAUGAAGGCAUUCAGCUGCCACCAUGUGGUGAGGCUGUUGGGGGUGGUGUCUAAAGGCCAGCCAACUCUGGUGGUGAUGGAGCUAAUGACACAUGGAGAUCUGAAGAGUUACCUGCGUUCUCUUAGACCUGACUCGGAGAAUAAUCCAGGUCGGCCUCCUCCAACGCUGAAAGAGAUGAUUCAGAUGGCCGCUGAGAUAGCAGAUGGGAUGGCUUACCUUAACGCCAAGAAGUUUGUGCACCGAGAUCUUGCAGCCAGGAACUGCAUGGUGGCCGAAGACCUGACUGUAAAAAUUGGAGAUUUUGGCAUGACGAGAGACAUUUAUGAGACUGAUUACUACAGAAAGGGUGGGAAGGGCCUGCUUCCUGUGAGAUGGAUGGCCCCUGAGUCGCUGAAGGAUGGAGUUUUCACAGCUCACUCAGACUGCUGGUCGUUUGGCGUGGUUUUAUGGGAGAUCAGUACUCUGGCUGAGCAGCCAUACCAGGGGCUGUCCAAUGAACAGGUCCUUAAGUUUGUGAUGGAGGGAGGCUAUCUGGACAGACCAGACAACUGCGCAGACAGAUUGCAUAGCCUGAUGCAGAUGUCCUGGCAGUACAAUCCCAAAAUGAGGCCCACCUUCCAGGAGAUCAUCGAGAUGCUCCGGGAGGAUCUGCAUCCCUCGUUUCAGGAGGUCUCCUUCUUCUACAGUGAGGAGAACAAGCCGCCUGAGACGGAGGAGUUUGAUAUGGACCUGGAGAACAUGGAGAGCAUCCCAUUGGACCCUUCCUCAUACUCUCAGAGGGAGUGCUGUCUAGACGGUGACGAGGGCUCAUCCGUGGGCCUUCGGGGGAGUUAUGAGGAGCACGUGCCAUAUACACAUAUGAAUGGCAGCAAGAAAAACGGACGCAUCUUAUCCCUACCCCGAUCUAACCCUUCUUAAUAUUAUUAACCCCAUCAAGCUAUAUUAGAUUGUUUUUCUUUAUUUUAUAGAUUCACUUUCAUCAAGCUCUAUAUCAAAAGCUCUUCAGAAAGUAAUCUCAGGACAUUUGUUUUCUACUUUACUGCCUCAGUAUGAUGAUGAUGAUACAGGGUGCAGGUUAUUUUUUUUCUUGUAUUUAAAGAAGAUACACAUCAACUGCUUCUUUUCUGUCUUUUUUUUGUUUUUGCCAAGUUUCAAGGACUGGUCAAAUGGAACAAACUGUGAAAUUAACCUCAGACAACCAGAAGGCUGCUUUUAACCUUACAUCUCCUCAGACUCUCCCCUCAUCCACCAACCGAUUUUCCCUGACUUUCUCCAGAA